AUGGGCAAGCCUGACCUCAUCUCCUGGCUGGAGGAAGAGGAGGAGCUGUUUCUCCACAACGCUGAUGAAGAGGAGCAAUUGGCCGGAGGAGGUCUGUUGGAGCCAAUAAAUGGAACAAAAGAACAUCCAGCAACAGACAAAGAAGAGACUUAUCCAGAGAUGAAUGAGAACAUUGCAUACUGUGAUAACCUAAAGAAUGAGGAGGGGAAAGGGAGGAGUAAUUCCAUUCAUUUAAAGGGUGGUGACUUUCAUGAAGGUCCAUCAAUUACAGAAAUAUACAAAGGAGACAACCAGAAUAAAGGCACUGCAUGUGAAGAAAAAUUUCCUGAAAAUUCGUAUAUCAAUAUGAAUUCCCAUCAAAGAAUCCAAACCAGGGAGAAAGAAUAUAAAUACUUGGAGUAUGGAAAAGGAUUCAGUGAGAGUGGAAGUCUUCUUGUCCAUCAAAGAAUUCACACAGGGGAGAAACCAUAUAAAUGCCUGGAGUGUGGAAAAAGCUUCAGUCAGAAUUCCAAACUUACUUCCCACCAAAGAAUUCACACAGGUGAGAAACCAUAUAAAUGCCUGGAGUGUGGAAAAGGAUUCAGUUGGAGUCACCACCUUUCUUCCCACCAAAGAAUUCACACAGGGGAGAAACGGUAUAAAUGCCUGGAGUGUGGAAAACGUUUUCGUGACAGUGGGAAUCUUACUGCCCAUCAAAGAAUUCACACAGGGGAGAAACCGUAUAAAUGCCUGGAGUGUGGCAAAGGCUUCUGUGAGAGUGGAAACCUUACUGUCCAUCAACGAAUUCACACAGGGGAGAAACCAUAUAAAUGCCUGGACUGUGGAAAAGGCUUCGGUCGGAGAGACUACCUUCCUUCCCAUCAAAAAAUUCACACAGGGGAGAAACCAUAUAAAUGUCUGAAGUGUGAAAAAAGCUUCAAUCAGAGUUCCAAUCUUACUUUCCACCAAAGAAUUCACACAGGGGAGAAACCAUAUAAAUGCCUGGAGUGUGAAAAAAGCUUCAGUCGGAAUGACAGCCUUAUUUCCCACCACAGAAUUCACACUGGGGAGAAACCAUAUAAAUGCCUAGAGUGUGGGAAAAGCUUUGGUGCGCGGAGAAGUCUUACUGUUCAUCAAAGAACUCACACAGGGGAGAAACCGUAUAAAUGCCUGGAGUGUGGAAAAGGCUUCAGUGACAGUGGAAGUCUUACUGUCCAUCAAAGAAUUCACACGGGGGAGAAACCAUAUAAAUGUCUGGAGUGUGGAAAAAGCUUCAGUCAGGGUCACCACCUUUCUUCCCACCAAAGAAUUCACACAGGGGAGAAACCAUAUAAAUGCCUGGAGUGUGGAAAAGGCUUCAGUGAGAGUGGAAAUCUUACUGUCCAUCAAAAAAUUCACACGGGGGAGAAACCAUAUAAAUGCCUGAAGUGUGGUAAAGGCUUUACUGACCGGGGAAAACUUACUGUCCAUCAACAAAUUCACACAGGAGAGAAACUAUAUAAAUGCCUGGAGUGUGGUAAAAGCUUCAUAGACCAGGGAAAACUUACUGUCCAUCAAAGAAUUCACUCAGGAGUGAAACCAUAUAAAUGCCUGGAAUGUGGAAAAAGCUUCAAUCAGAGUCACCACCUUUCUUCCCACCAAAGAAUUCACACAAGGGAGAAACCAUAUAAAUGCCUGGAGUGUGGAAAAAGCUUCAGUCAGGGUCACCACCUUUCUUCCCACCAAAGAAUUCACACAGGGGAGAAACCAUAUAAAUGCCUGGAGUGUGAAAAAAGCUUCAGUCGCAAUGACAGCCUUAUUUCCCACCACAGAAUUCACACAGGGGAGAAACCAUAUAAAUGCCUAGAGUGUGGGAAAAACUUUGGUGCGCGGAGAAGUCUUACUGUUCAUCAAAGAACUCACACAGGGGAGAAACCGUAUAAAUGCCUGGAGUGUGACAAGUGCUUCAGUCAGAAGGGAGGUCUUAUUGUCCAUCAAAGAAUCCACACAGGGGAGAAACCAUAUAAAUGCCAGGAGUGUGGAAAAAGCUUCAGUCGGAAUGACAGCCUUACUUCCCACCAAAGAACUCACACGGGGGAGAAACCACAUAAAUGCCUGGAGUGUGGAAAAGGCUUCAGUGAGAGUGGAAGUCUUACUGUCCAUCAAAGGAUUCACAAAGGGGAGAAACCGUAUAAAUGCCGGGAAUGUGGAAAAGGCUUUACUAAGAGGAGAAAUCUUACUGUCCAUCAAAGAAUUCACACAGGGGAGAAACCAUAUAAAUGCCUGGAGUGUGGGAAAAGCUUCAGUCAGAAGGGAGGUCUUAUUGUCCAUCAAAGAAUUCACACAGGGGAGAAACCAUAUAAAUGCCUGGAGUGUGGGAAAAGCUUCAGUUGGAGUAACUACCUUUCUUCCCACCAAAGAAUCCACACAAGGGAGAAACCACAUAAAUGCCUGGAGUGUGGAAAAGGCUUCAAUGAGAGUGGAAGUCUUAACUCCCACCAAAGAAUUCACACAGGGGAGAAACCAUAUAAAUGCCUGGAAUGUGGGAAAGGCUUUACUUACAGUGGAAAUCUUACUGUCCAUCAAAGAAUUCACACAGGGGUGAAACCAUAUAAAUGCCCGGAGUGUGGAAAAGAUUUUCGUGACAGUGGAAAUCUCACUGUCCAUCAAAGAAGUCACACAAGGGAGAAACCACAUAAAUGCCUGGAGUGUGGAAAAGGCUUCAAUGAGAGUGGAAAUCUUACUGUCCAUCAAAGGAUCCACACAGGGGAGAAACCAUUUAAAUGCCUCGAGUGUGAAAAAAGCUUCAGUGAAAGGGGAAGUCUUAACUCCCACCAAAGAAUUCACACAGGGGAGAAACCAUAUAAAUGCCUGGAAUGUGGGAAAGGCUUUACUUACAGUGGAAAUCUUACUGUCCAUCAAAGAAUUCACACAGGGGUGAAACCAUAUAAAUGCCCGGAGUGUGGAAAAGAUUUUCGUGACAGUGGAAAUCUCACUGUCCAUCAAAGAAGUCACACAAGGGAGAAACCAUAUAAAUGCCUGGAGUGUGGAAAAAACUUUAGUCGGAGUCACCACCUUUCUUCCCACCAAAGAAUUCACACAGGGGAGAAACCAUAUAAAUGCCUGGAGUGUGGAAAAGACUUUAGUACGAGUGGAAAUCUUACCGUUCACCAAAGAAUUCACACAGGGGAGAAACCCUAUAAAUGCCUGGAGUGUGGAAAAAGCUUCAGAGUGCCUGGAAGUCUUACAGUCCAUCAAAGAAUUCACACAGGGGAGAAACCAUAUAAAUGCCUGGAAUGUGGAAAAAGCUUCAGUCGGAGUGACCACAUUUUUUCCCACCAAAGAAUUCACAUGGGGGAGAAACCAUAUAAAUGCCUGGAGUGUGAAAAAAGUUUUACUGACAAGGGAAAACUUACUGUCCAUCAACGAAUUCACUCAGGAGAGAAACCAUAUAAAUGCUUGGAGUGUGGGAAAAGCUUCAGUCGGAGUCACCGUCUUUCUUCCCACCAAAGAAUUCAAAAAGGGGGGAAACCAUAUAAAUGCCUGGAGUGUGGAAAAAGCUUCAGUCAAAGUGACGACCUUUCUUCCCACCAAAGAAUUCACACAGGGGAGAAACCAUAUAAAUGCCUGGAGUGUGGUAAAAGCUUUAGUCAAAGUGGAAGUCUUACUAUCCAUCAACGAAUUCACUCAGGAGAGAAACCAUAUAAAUGCCUGGAGUGUGGGAAAAGCUUCAGUCGGAGUGACCACCUUUCUUCGCACCAAAGAAUUCACACAGGGGAGAAACCAUAUAAAUGCCUGGAGUGUGGAAAAAGCUUCAGUCACAGUUGCAGCCUUACCUCCCACCGAAGAAUUCACAGAGGGGAGAAACCAUAUAACUGCCUAGAGUGUGGGAAAAGCUUCAGUGAGUGGAGAAGUCUUACUGUCCAUCAAAGGAUUCACACAGGGGAGAAAACAUAUAAAUGCCAGGAGUGUGAAAAAAGCUUCAGUCGGAAUGACAGCCUUACUUCCCACCAAAAAACUCACACAGGGGAGAAACCAUAUAAAUGCCUGGAGUGUGGUAAAAGCUUUAGUCAAAGUGGAAGUCUUACUAUCCAUCAACGAAUUCACUCAGGAGAGAAACCAUAUAAAUGCCUGGAGUGUGGGAAAAGCUUCAGUCGGAGUGACCACCUUUCUUCGCACCAAAGAAUUCACACAGGGGAGAAACCAUAUAAAUGCCUGGAGUGUGGAAAAAGCUUCAGUCACAGUUGCAGCCUUACCUCCCACCGAAGAAUUCACAGAGGGGAGAAACCAUAUAACUGCCUAGAGUGUGGGAAAAGCUUCAGUGCGUGGAGAAGUCUUACUGUCCAUCAAAGGAUUCACACAGGGGAGAAAACAUAUAAAUGCCAGGAGUGUGAAAAACGCUUCAGUCGGAAUGACAGCCUUACUUCCCACCAAAAAACUCACACUGGGGAGAAACCAUAUAAAUGCCUGGAGUGUGAUAAAAGCUUCAGAUGGAGUGGCAAACUUACGUCCCACCAAAACAUUCACACAGGGGAGAAACCAUAUAAAUGCCUCGAGUGUGGAAAAAGCUUCAGUCGGAAUGACAGCCUUACAGUCCAUCAAAGAAUUCACACAGGGGAGAAACCGUAUAAAUGCCUGGAGUGUGGGAAAAGCUUCAGUCGGAGUCACCACCUUUUGUCCCAUCAAAGAAUUCACACAGGGGAGAAACCAUAUAAAUGUCUAGAGUGUGGGGAAAGCUUCAGUGAGUGGAGAAGUCUUACUGUCCAUUACAGAAUUCACACAGGAGAAAACCUGAAUCCGUCACACCAUAUAAAUGCCUUGCGUGUGGAAAAAUCUUCAGUGAAAGUGGAAGUCUUAAUUCCCACCACAGAAUUCACACGGGAGAAACCAUAUAAAUGCCUGGAGAGUGGGAAAAGCUUUAGUUGGAAUGACAGCCUUACUUCCCAUCACAGAAAUCACACAGAGGAGACACCAUACUAA